GGUGAUAGAAUUCCUGCAACAAUUGAAAAGGAGCACGUCAAACCUUUUGCUAACGAAAUCACCGAGGGCCGGGUUGUGUUUAUUAACACUUUCAAGGUUGCUGAAUUACAAGGUGACUAUCGGACCACUAGGUCACACUACAAGAUACUUUUUUAUUUGACUACGAGUGUUGAGAAGUUUUCUGAUUUUCUAGUGAAUGUGAAAGAGCUAUCUUUCAAAAGAUUAACAAUAGUUUUAUCACACGAUUAUGAUCGUCGAUAUUUAUUUGAUGUGAUUGGUCAGAUUGUGGAUGUGAGUAAUAUCCAAGAAACCAAGAACCAAGGAAUAUCCAGAUCAAUGCUUAAAAUUAGGCAUGGAAAUACCGAAUUUGUCUAA